UUGACGCCGCGCCAAGGCGUAGCAACGCCAGCCCGAGGCCGCCCCGAUGGAGGUCUGGGUCCGGCCGCUGCGUCAAUCCCGGCUCUCGCUCCUGGUGCUGCAGCCCGGCUCCUCCGGCCUCGAGCUCAAACAACGCUGCUGCCGUGGGCAGGGGCUCCCCAUUGCAGAUGUUUACCUGAAAUAUAAUGGAAAGCUGGUCGAUGAAGAAACUGAGCUGCAACAUGGAGGAAUUUACAGUCUGGAACAGAGACUUUUCGGAGGGAAAGGAGGCUUUGGGUCGAUGCUUCGUGCCCUUGGAGCUCAAAUUGAGAAAACUACAAACCGAGAGGCUUGUCGGGAUUUAAGUGGAAGGAGACUGCGGGAUGUAAACCAUGAAAAGGCUAUGGCUGAAUGGAUAAAGAAGCAAGCAGAUCGGGAAGCAGAGAAAGAACAGAAGCGAUUGGAACGGUUACAACGCAAGCUUGCUGAGCCAAAGCACUAUUUCUCUGACCCACAGUACGAGCAACAAUUGGAUGAAAUGUCUGAGCGCCUGGAGGAUUCAGUGCUUAAAGGUUUACAAGCAUCGUCGAGUGAUGUGGUGGCGGCAGAGAGUGGAGCUGUUCGAAAGCGUGCAUUCCCUGCCACAAAUACAGAGGCAAAGGGCAGAAAGAAGAAAUGUCUCUGGAUGGGAGCAGUGGAUUUAGAAGUAUCUGGGAGUUCUGAUGAGGAGAGCACAGCAGACAGUGAGUCCUCUGAGGUUCCAUCUCACUCCAAGAGUCCUGUGGAAUGCGAAAGUGUAAAGAAUGGCAACGUUGACAUUGUGAAGGACUUGUAUCCUAGCCCCUGUGCUGACCCAUCUGUGCCUGAGCCGAUUUCGAUACAGCAGGAAACUCUAAACCAAAAACAACUGGGAGUCAGCAGCAAAACGGAACCAACAACUUCAAGUUCGCAGGACAGCAGCGAGCUUGUAACAGAAGAGGGUGCCAGAGAGAGUUCUGAAGAGGUGGAGAAAGUCCCAACUGAUACACAGGAUGAUGAGAAUGCACCAAAAGCUGUUGAGCCUGCGUUGAAGAUUUGGACAGCGUUUAACUCUGCGGAAGAGCUCCAGUGUUUGGGACUGGACAGACUCAAGAGUGAACUGAUGGCACUUGGAUUAAAAUGUGGGGGUACCUUACAGGAGCGCGCAGCAAGACUUUACUCUGUGAAGGGACUGUCGAAGGAUCAGAUUGAUCCAGCGCUGUUUGCCAAGCCAGCUAAAGGAAAAAAGAAAUGAGCAAAUUGCUUCUAUUUUUUUUUAAAAAUGUUUUCGUAUUUUCUUACUGGGGUGUCCUGAAUAAAUGACCAUUAAAGGAAGAAAAUAAAUCUGAUUUUUUUUCUCACAUCAAAAUGCAUUGACAUUAUUGGGAAUUUGGAAUACUCUGGUUUUCUGAAUAAAGCUCAAUGUUGAGAAUUGGA